AUGUUUGCCCCACCCCGCCCGCAGGCAUUUUCUCCCCAGCAGGAGGGUGAGGGAGGGGGUGGCACGGAUGCCCUCAUCUCUCUGCCAUACAAUGAGCGUCAGUGGCGCGCAGAAUCGCCGAUUGUUCUGCCCGACCUGCAGGCGGUUGGGGGUAGCCGGGUCGCCCUGGGUCACCGACACGCGGAAGCCAACUGUAGCCGCGUGGCCCAGGGCGCACUCACCUGGCAGCUGGCUCGGCGGCGCACGGGCGGCAGGCGCUCUCGGAAGUGGCGGCUGGGUGCGCCCGGCCUGCGCGCCGUUUUGUUCCGCUCCGGGGAAGGCGUGUCCCGGGCCACGCCAACCAGUGGGCUUUGCACACUGCACCACUCCAGGGCUGAUGUCAUGGCGCGAAGCCCGGCGGUGCUGCCCUCCCAGGCCCCAGGACGGCCCGGCCGGCAGGGGCGGGGGCAGGAGUCGCCGACUGUGGGGUUGCCCCGCGCUUGUGCUGCGGUCCCACUGUGCGCCCUGUCGCCGCCACCGCGGAAAACGUCUUGCACGUGCGAGGGACAUUUCAGGGGUUUCCUGUCGGUCAGGCUUUUACCAAGCUCAGCUGAUUGUUCUUGCUGCGAUUUCUCCUGUGAUUACAGUCAGAUGAGAGCUGGCUGGAUUCUUCAGAGUCUGCCUUACUCCUGUGGCUGUAGGCUGAUGCUGGCUGUCAGCUGGGACCUCAGCUGAGGCUGUUAGCCAGAAUCCCUACAUGUGGUCUCUCCAUGGGGCCUGGACUCUCUCACAGCAUGGUGGCUGGUUGCAAGGACAAGCAUCCCAAGAGAGAGCAGGAGAAAGUUGUCUCGCCUUUUGAAAACUGGCCUCAAAAGGCCCGUAGCAGAUCCUCCCCUGUGCUCCACUAGUUGAGACAGUCACAAAGCCCUACCCAGUUUCCAAGAAGGGGACAGAGACGCCAUUUCCUGAUGUGUGAGUGGCAAGUUUCUGGAAGAGCAUGUGGAAUGGAAAGCAUUUGAGGAAAAUACAACUUGCUGUCAGGAAGGUCAUUUCAGGCGGAGAUCUUCAUUGAUGGUACCUUCAGAAAUGUAUUUUUAGGAAAGAAAGCAGUUUUUACAGACCUGGCAUUGCUAAGGGAAACAUAAGGUUUUAGAAAUAUUUACUGAGCCACCUUCACUAAGAGAAGAUGCUAAGGAAGAGGGAGAUACCUUUUGAAGUAGACUCCAAGGGGGAAACAGGAGGCUGGGAUGGAUGGCAGCUCACAGCUGGCAAAGGCAGCGGACUAGCAAUGAUGGGUGAAAGCCUACCAAGACUGAUUCUUAGAGGGGGAAGAAUUGACUUUGUGUUCUUAUAGCAAGUGGCCAGGAAUAACCAGAGGCUAUGUCCAAGCUGAGACCUCAAAAACAGUAGUAGGCAGGGGCCAAACCAGAAAGCAACAGUUAACAAAAACUGUAUUGCAGCAAGAGAGAUAAGAUAAGCACACAAGUGUAACCGCCCAACGGAUUCACCUUGCCUGCUGCCUAGACAGAGCCGAUUUAUCAAGACAGGAGAAUAGCAAUGGAGAAAGAGUAAUUCACGCAGACCUGGCUGUGCAGGAGACCGGAGUUUUAUUAUUACUCAAAUCAGUCUCU